AUGGCCAAGGUCAACCACAAAGUCGCCUUGAUCGUCAUUGACGGCUGGGGCGUCGCCGGACCCAACUCUCCGCCAGAGGGCGAUGCCAUCGCCGCCGCCGAGACCCCGGUGAUGUCGUCCUUUGCCGACGCCAACGCCAAAGUCGCCCAGGGAUACACAGAGCUCGACGCCUCGUCUCUCGCCGUCGGUCUGCCCGAGGGUCUGAUGGGCAACAGUGAGGUCGGCCACCUGAACAUUGGCGCCGGGCGCGUCGUCUGGCAGGACAGCGUGCGCAUCGACCAGACGCUCAAGAACGGGAAACUGAACCAGAUCGACAGCAUCACGAAUUCGUUCAAGCGCGCCAGAGACGGCAACGGCCGUCUGCAUCUUCUGGGUCUUGUUUCCGACGGGGGCGUGCACUCGCAGAGCCAGCAUUUGUAUGGCCUGCUCCGAGUCGCCAAGGAGAUUGGCGUGCCCAAGGUCAUUAUUCACUUCUUCGGCGAUGGCCGCGAUACAGACCCCAAGAGCAGCGCCAGAUACAUGCAGGAGCUUCUGGAUCAGACCAAGGAAAUCGGAAUUGGUGAGCUUGGAACCGUCGUUGGCCGCUACUUUGCCAUGGACCGCGACAAGCGCUGGGACCGUGUUGAGAUUGCCCUACAGGGACUUGUCGUUGGAGACGGCGAGGAGAGCAGCGACGCCGUCAAGACUAUCAACGAGCGUUACGACAAGGGCGAGACGGACGAGUUCUUGAAACCCAUCAUUUUCGGCGGCAAGGAGAACCGUGUACAAGACGGAGACACGCUCUUCUUCUUCAACUACCGUUCUGACCGUGUCCGUGAAAUCACCCAGCUGCUCGGUGACUACGACCGCUCUCCCACGCCAGACUUCCCUUACCCCAAGGACACUCACAUCACCACCAUGACCCAGUAUAAGACGGAUUACACUUUCCCCAUUGCUUUCCCGCCUCAACACAUGGGCAAUGUUCUCGCUGAAUGGCUCGGAAAGCAAGGAGUCAAGCAAAGCCACAUCGCCGAGACCGAAAAGUACGCUCACGUUACCUUUUUCUUCAACGGUGGUGUCGAGAAGCAGUUCCCCGGUGAAGAGCGGGAUAUGAUCCCCUCACCGCGUGUUGCCACAUACGAUCUCGAGCCUAAGAUGAGCGCUGCGGCCGUUGGCGAGAAGGUUGCUGAGCGUAUCGCCGAAGGCAAAUUCGAGUUUGUCAUGAACAAUUUCGCGCCUCCGGAUAUGGUUGGACACACUGGUGUUUACAAGGCUGCUAUUGAGGGUGUGGCUGAGACCGACAAGGCCAUUGGCCGCAUUUUCGAGGCGUGCAAGAAGGACGGAUACAUUCUUUUUAUCACGGCCGAUCAUGGAAACGCCGAGGAAAUGCUCAACGAAGUGGGCAAACCCAAGACUUCUCACACCACAAACAAGGUCCCCUUUGUCAUGGCCAAUGCCCCCGAGGGCUGGAGCUUGAAGAAAGAGGAUGGCGUGCUUGGAGACGUUGCUCCAACUCUCCUGGAAGUCAUGGGUAUUGAACAGCCAGAGGAGAUGAGCUGCCGCAGUCUCCUUGUCAAGUCAUAG